CCGAUUUGGACCGUCCGACUCCGAGAAUGAUUCAGUGCCGUUGAAGACUCGAUCGAGGAAGGUGGUCGAGCUCCCGCAUCCUGAACUCUCUCUGGUGACCCGAUUUUUUUCCCCCAUUUCUUUUCCUCUCUGAAGUUUGCUUAGCGUGUUGUUGCUGCUGCCGGGUUGACCUUGACCGAAAAUAUUGUUUCUUUUUUAUUAUUUAUUUAUUUAUAUUAUAUCUCGUUAUGUUUACGUUAGACUGACUAAAGGAAUGAGUAAAACGAGAUUAUAAUUGUCAAGUGUGAUGAAGAGAAUUGGCGAAUCGUUCAGGUGAAUUGUGGGUGAGAGAAAAAAAAAUUAGAAACGAGCGGAAACCGAUGUUUCCGAUUGUUGUAUAUGGAGUAUUGUCGUAAAAAAGUGUGGUGACGAUGAUGCCUGGAUCCAAAGUGAUGACAGUGAUGGUCGUUUGGUUCAUCACAUCGACAGCGGCUCGGCUCGGACUCAACGAAGAACAGCGACUCCAUAAGCGUAGCAGACACUUCCUCGAGUCGCAGAUCCAGAAAACGCGCGAGGAUCUUUUGAGAACAGUCGAUUGCAACACUGACUGUCAGUCAAGAUCGUCGGAGCCGGUCUGUGGCACCAACGGCCAGACCUACGACUCGAUCUGCGACCUGGAGCGAGACAUCUGCAAGAAGGGCAACGUGAAGCUGAAGCACAAAGGAGAAUGCACACUCGCUGAGAAAUGCGAGGGCAACCGCGCCUUCCAGCUGGAGCAAGUAGCCAGCGGGAAGCUGGUCCACGUGCCUACCUGUCUGCCGGAUGGGUCCUAUGCACCAGUGCAGUGCCACAACUUCACACUGUUCUGUUGGUGCUCGACAGUCAAUGGUCAGAUCAUCUCCGAGACCAUUACAAAGAAUAAAAUGCCCCAAUGUUUAGGAAACCGCACUUCAGCACCGCCGCCGGAACCUCCACAACAAGGCAAGUCAGAAGGCAAAAGAAGGGAAAAUAUAGAGGCGAGGACAACUCUCCUCUCGCUUUCAGUGGCCACGUCGGUUCCGGGUGACGCUCGCCAGCCUCCUACCGCCCACCAGCCUUCCUUAGGCUCCAACCGGUGUCGGGGGAAGAAGCGAAACUUAUUCUUUGGCAACAUGUUAAAACUCAUCAUGAAAGACUACAGACUUCAAGCCAGCGGCGAGCGAGGGUCCCAAGUAGAGGCGAUCAAGUGGAAGUGGGCGCAGCUGGACAGAGACGAUGACGGCGUCCUCAAGCGGCGCGAGUACAGAGACUUUCGGAAGAUCGUCAAGAAAUUCGUUGAACCCAAGAAGUGCUCGAAGGUUUUCCCGCGCAUCUGCGAUGCCAAUCAGGACAAAAAACUGACGCAAGACGAAUGGAGGAUCUGUUUCACCCAGACGCAAAGAAUCGACAGAACCGGAAAGAAAAAUUUUCUGACAGCUGUGCCUUCUGUUCCAGGGAAGAAAUGUCAGAAAGCGAGAGGCUGCGGCAGAAAACCAGAAAGUAAAAGACCCAAGCCAUCGUGUGAUCGCGAGAGAGAGAUGCUGUUACAAGACGCCAACAUGGAAAACAACAGCAUACCGAUUCUGGAAUGCCAGGCCAACGGGAAUUAUAAGCCAAUACAGUGCCACAAAGGUUACUGCUUCUGCGUCGACGAGUUCACCGGGAACAGCCUUGAAGGGACGACCGUCACCAAUGGCACGCCGGAUUGUUCCAAGCCAUAUCCCCAUGCAAACGAUUGGCCCGGCUGCGUUGGCAAGAACAAGACGAGAUUCAUGCAGGACCUCAAGAAGUACUUACUAAACAAAGUCGACAGUGACGGAAGUAGCCCUACGGCUGACGCUUCUUCUCAGCAGUCUGUUGAAGAAUUCGCCGCCAAAUACCAUUUCAGUCAUUUAGACAAGAAUGGCAAUGGUUACUUGGAGCGGAGGGAGAAAAAAGAAUUGAAAAAAUUUCUCAAGAGAAAUCCGAAGUUAAAAAUUUGUGGGAAAAAACUUGCCAAAUACUGUGAUGUCGACUCUGACCAGAGGGUGUCCUUGGACGAGUGGGUGGCCUGUGUCAUUCUCCCCACUCAAAACGGCACGAGAAACGGGGACGACAAGCGGCCUCAUCCCUUCGAGGAGAUCCUCAAACCGGAAACAUAGAAUUCGUCUUAUGUGAAAGAAAGCGUCUAUAUCUGGCGAAGGCCUCUUCACAAGUCAUCCAUGUCCACCUCGUGGGUCAUUUUUCGGAUCGGGAUGAGACAGCAGGAGGAAGUCUAUGUUUCUGAAUAAGUUGACGUUCGACAGACUUGGUUCAGUGCCAGAUAUAAAACCACGUGGAUAUUACAACUUUUGUGCUGUUAUCAUCAUGACAUUUAGAACUAUAUAUAAAAUCUCACUUAUAACUGUAAUAUCUCUUCGAAAGAAAUGGCUGCAUAUAGCGCAAUCAUGUCUAUAUUGUAGUGUAUUUUGAAAGCCGUUUUACGUAGGUAAUGAAAUAUAAGCCCGUGCUACUUAUAAUCCAGUGAGAACAAUGACGGAUAACCACAGGUCUCCGGUCAAGCUCUGAAGAAAUACUACAGAAGCUUACUGAUAGAUGCUUAUAUUCCUUACAAAACGGUUAUGACAAAACUUUGAGAAUAUCAUGGUAUGUACUUGACACUGGUAUUUUGGAAGCAGCACAUACAGUGUGAAUGAAUUCUCGUCUAGUGAGCGAAGUGUUAUUAUGUAUCUGCUGUGCGUGACUCCAUGAACAGGCAAGGAAGAGCACUUCACGCGGCGACACUUCCUACAAGGUACUACCGUCUUAAAAGUGGUAGCAUAAUACGGCUUCCUCUGUGAAAGGAGGCAUUUCAGAAUAAUCCAUUUUAUCUCUCUAUAUAAUUACAGUAUGUAUAUCCACCUCCAGUUCAUUACUUGUAGAAAUGCUUCUUUCUGUUAGAAAAUUAGAAAGUUAAAAAAAGGGAAGGUCGCGUGAAAACAAACCAUGGGAGAGAUAUGAUAUCGAAACUUUUCUUUUUCUAUUUUAUUUUAUUUUUCCUGGAUACUGUAGUGGUCUUGAUUAUAAACUGAUUCUACCGUGAUAAUUGGACUAAGAUUACGUACAUGCUUUCAUGCCAUGAAAACCGAAUAAAAGUGAUUGAAAGUCUCUCAUGUAACACGAAAUACGUUGCUGAAGUUGGCAAAGAAACAGAUAUUUGCUCGUCCAUCGGUGAGUUCUGAUACGGAUGUAGGUGGAGAAAUACAACCAGGUGUUUACCUCACUGUACGCUUGAUAAAGCAGGUAAAGUGUAAAUGAAAAAGAUGGUAAUGAAGCUCUGUUUACAAAAUUUCCUAAAGACGUUCCUUUUACUUCUCUUGCAUCUCUAUUUGACGCAGGAUAGCUCUUAUUUUCUGAAUCAUUUCUCAUUAAAUAUAAUCAUGAUUAGCUGGUAGGAAUCAAGGUAAGAAUAGUGAUAGAUGUGUAACUUCGUGGGAAUUAAUUGGUCACUCUUAUGACUAAAUAUCCCAGAUUCGACAAAGAAAACCAGAAGGAAAGCCAGGGAGUGGGAUCUAGUCUAAAAAAAAAAUGAAAGUGGUAGGCUAGACUUAUGUCUGAUCUGUUCAAGAAAGGGGUAUUAAUGAUUUUUCCGCCAUGUAUUUUUAUAUAUGUUCUUCUUUUCAUAUCACAAAGUACAAGGGUAAUUACGGAGGGCUUACUUAGUUCCGUAAGCGCUGCGUUAAGUAGUAGAGUAUUAACAAGAAAGCGGACAGCUUUGUUGCUAUUGUUAAGCUACAAUUAUCUACUGAUUUUUUAGAACUUUAUUAACAACUUAAUUUCUCGAUUAUUAUUAUCGGUCGAAAGCUGGGUUUUUUAUUUUAUUUUUAUUUUUACUGGGUGGUUCUUGCAUCCUGCCUCCUUAGGAGUCCAUCACUUUUCUCACUAUUAUUAUUAUUAUUAUUAUUAUUAUUAUUAUUAUUAUUAUUAUUAUUAUUAUUAUUGGUUAAGAGAAUGCACAAGAUAUGUCACGCUGUAUAUUUAUUGAGACUUCCACCGUGUAUCUGAAAAAAAAAAAAAUAAGAAUGCCCGUUUUUUCCUCUCGCUACCUAGGGCGGCACAAGAUUCUACGAGUUGUAAUGAAGAAUAAUCAUACAAAAUGAAACAGAAUGUUUAGCCUAAUGGCGGUAUGUGACGGAAAAUGAGAAUGACAAUUUAUGUAAAUAUUUGUACUACUUAUUAAUAGCCAAGAGAAAGAAAGAAGAG